UUGCUCACUGCAGGAUCAGAACAUACACAGCAGUGACUUGGCAAGCUUUCUGUGAGGCUCACAGGAGACUCCAUGGAAGAGUGGGAGGUCCCCACCUGAACCCUCAGCUUACCUUCUCACAGUGGGUCCCUUCUAUUUUACAGACGUCCUUGCUUCCAAAUGGGCUCUUGCUUUUACCGAGUUCUCCUGUUGGCUGGCUUCUGUGCCCCAAUCUUCUGCAUGUGGGCAUCCAAUCCCCGCAACAGAGAGUCCCCCCAGCCUCCCAGCACGAAGGGCAACCCAGCCUUCCAGGUGUCUCCCAGCAACACCAAGUUCGCCUUCUUUCUGUACCAGAGGCUGGCUCAGGAAAGCCCAGGUCAGAAUGUCCUUUUUUCUCCUGUGAGUAUCUCAACUUCCCUAGCCAUGCUGUCCCUGGGAGCCCGCUCAGCCACCAAGACGCAAAUCCUCCGGAGCCUUGGCUUCAACCUCACGCACGUGCCGGAGUCCACCAUCCACCUGGGCUUCGAGCAACUGGUCCGCUCGCUGAAUGUGUGCCACAAAGACCGGGACUUGAGGACGGGCAGUGUCCUCUUCAUCAGGAAGGAGCUGCAGCUACAGGCCACUUUUCUGGACAGGGCCAAGAGGCUUUAUGGAACAAAAGUCUUUUCUGAAGACUUCUCAAACACUGUCACUGCUCAGGCCAGGAUCAACAGUUAUGUGGAGAAGGAGACCAGAGGGAAGGUGGUGGAUGUCAUCCAAGAGCUUGACUCUCAGACAGCCAUGGUCCUGGUGAACCACAUCUUCUUUAAAGCCAACUGGACACAGCCCUUCAGCACUGCAAACACAAACAAGAGCUUCCCGUUCCUCCUGAGCAAGGGCGGCACUGUGCGCGUCCCCAUGAUGCACCAGACGGAGUUGUUUGCUUUCGGAGUGGACAGAGAGCUGGGCUGCAUCGUGCUGCAGAUGGACUACAGGGGUGAUGCUGUGGCUUUCUUCGUCCUCCCGGGCAAGGGCAGGGGCAAGAUGUGGCAGCUGGAGAAGAGUCUGUCAGCCAGGAGGCUGAGAAAGUGGAGCCUCUCCCUCCAGAAAAGGUGGAUCAAAGUGUUCAUCCCCAAAUUUUCCAUUUCUGCUUCCUACAACCUGGAAACUAUCCUCCCCAAAAUGGGGAUCCGAGAUGCCUUUAACGCAAACGCUGACUUUUCCGGGAUUACAAAGACACACUUCCUGCAGGUUUCUAAAGCUGCUCACAAGGCUGUGCUGGACGUCAGUGAGGAGGGGACAGAAGCUGCAGCAGCUACCACCACCAAGCUUAUAGUCCGCUCCCGGGACAACCCUUCCUCCAUCAUCUCCUUCAACCAGCCAUUCCUGAUUCUACUUCUGGAAAAAAGUACAAAAUCUAUUCUCUUUCUAGGGAAAGUUGAAAAUCCCCAGAAGAUGUAGGUGGGAAGUGAACUGUUGCCUGGUCUCACAUUGAUACUGCACAAGAAGUAAGGACUGUAUUGGAAGAUGCUUUCCGGGUGACGUCAAGACCUGUUUUCUUGCUUGAGGCCCACUUGACCCCAACAGGAGUGUACUGGCCUCAAGGAUAGAACUCUGGGGCUCAAGCCUGGCAACAGAGCCUGGCCACCCUGCCAGUGUUUCCCCUCCCAACUGUUCUCCCACGCAGCCCUUUCCUGAAGUGUGGCAGGGCAGGCAGAGCGCCAUUCCUCAGAUCUCUAGGGAAUGGUGACGCACAGAACUGAACACCUUUACUUUGAUCACCGGCUUCCAGCACUGCAUUCAAUAAACCUGAAACGUGAACUCAGUGGCCACACACCCCACCUCCCCCCAUCACCGGGGCCCCAAUGUGAACAUGAGGGAUUGCUCACCUCCGAGUGGCUUGUGACAUUGUCAAGGCUGCAUGGAUGCAUUCUCUCAUUUGCACGGUUCAGCAUAUUGAGCCCUUUAAGGACAGGGGCCCAGGCACGCUGGGUCUAGAUGGGAGAGAGAACAUUCCAUAGUGAUGAAAUGAGUCUGUGGAUAAAGAGAAUGUGACAAAUCAGAGUAGGUGCCACAAAGGCUAUGUAGGAUGGUCAGGACACUCACAGGAGAGGCAAGAGAGUUCUUGUGGGAUGAGCCAGCAUUAGAGGGACAUUUGGGUGGCCCUGUGGCUACAGCACUGUGUGUUGGAGCUGCUCGGGUAGACACUGGCACUCAAGUAAAUGGAGAGAGGAUGGCAUAGGAAUGGACACUGCCCAGGAAGAUGACCUAAGCAAGGUAAGGGAUGAGAACAGCAAACCCACGGGGUUUCCCCGGGCAGGCGCAUAGCAGGUGUCAGCGCGGCAUGGGUUGUGAAAACCUCUUCAGUGCAGCCACCUUUCCAGCCCUAUGACACAGCCCUCAAAGCUCUCAGCCUCUCCCUGGCUGUCGCUGUUUGCAGUGACAACAGUCUGGCACAUCCUGAAAGACACACCGAAUGUCCUGGGCCCUGGAGGCGGAGGCAGAUCACCCGCACUCCCCGCCGCCCCUCUGCCCCCAUUGCCACGUGUCCCAAGUGGGCUCCUGGCCUCUUCAUUUCUCAGCCCUCAUGUGUCUCUGCAGCCUUCAGCAAAGCUGGGGUUCUUUUUCUGGAGGCACUCGUACCCCGCUAUCCCAAAUGUGUCACCCAGGGACCCCAUGCUGACUCUCCCAUGCUCUGUUACAUAGAAAGAAACAAUGCUGGGGAUUGCCAAGGACUUUCAAAAGAAAGUCAGAUGGCUUGCCCUCUGCUGGCCAGGAAGCAAAAUGUAGGUCGGUUGAAUGUUACCUAUGAGGUGUGGAUUGGAACAACUCAUCACUAUGGGCUGGCCAUGACUUCAAAAUCAUCAACUACGGAACGUCAGGAAAGACUACGCCUGGCAUGUGUGUCUCACCAAGAUGACUGACAAUACUCUUAGGGCAGAUGUAGCUAAUAGAGGCCAGGCAACAACAUUUCCAAAGGACAUAAACAGGCACAUUCUAGAUUCCCAGUCCUGAACCCAGAGCGCCAGGCCCUGGGCUGUUCAUACAAUUCCAGAGGCAUGUGUCCAAUGUUUCCUGCUGUGAUGGUCAGGACUGAUUGUCAGCCUGACAGAGAGCAGCUCCUGGGUCUGUCUGUGAGGGAUUAUGUAGAUAAGGUUCAUUCAGGUAGGAAGCCUUAACUGUGGAGGGGUGCCUUUCCUGCUGGAAUCUCUGACUAAAUACAGAGGAGAAACCCAGACGCAAACAUUGAUUUUCCUCUUCUUCCGGACUACGGGUACAGUGUGAGCAGAUGCCACAAGCCCCGGCCACGGAGACCUCUCUGAACUGUGCCUUGAACCAUGAGGCAGAAUAAACCUUUCCUUUCUUAAGCUGAUUUUGUCAGGUUGUUGUUUUGUUUUGUUUGGUCACCACAAGAAGACAAGUAACUAUUACUCUAGCCAAGCCCUACGUCUUACGCGCCAGGCAACUCCUCGGUGGAACGCCUUUCUCUCUCCAUGUAGGCAUUCACUGCUCUCACCGUGCAUCGUGCUUGGCCAGGGUGUGCAGAAUAUGGGCUCUCCAGUGCUCAUCAGCCUUCAGGCAGGAGGGCUGAGCUGGUUCCAUGGCUGCUACCUCAGCACCUUAGAAUGUAAAUAAAAACAGUGGCCACCCAUUCCUAUCUGUACAGGGAUGUUUUAAAGAGCAUUGUAGACGACGUGGGCACCCUGCCCGGGGCACCAGGCAUUUGGAAUGUCUAAUUGGAGUCCGUUCUUCAUCACCUACUCCGUGACUCAGUCUGCGGGCACUUAGCUGAACUGAGC